AUGGUCGCCACCCAGACCACCACAAUAGAGACGGUUUCCGUCGUCCGGCCCCUCAAGAUAAUUUCCCUAAUAUGCCUGCUGAUCGCCAUCGUGCUCUCCAUCAUUUCCAUUGCUACAACGUCGUGGUUGAGGAGCGGAAGCUUUAGGACAGGUCUUUUCCAAGAAUGUACAGCUUCCAAUGAGCCGUCACAAGCCGCACCGCUUCAGGGCGCCCCGCUUCCCGGCCAUUGCCAUUCGCCGAAUCGUGAUUCUGCCUUCAUCAAGGCCGUCGCCGGGCUCAUGAUCGGCGCGUUGCUGCUCACAGCCAUCGCUGUUAUCCUAAACGUGUGCGGCCUCGUGAAGUCCGACAUCCGCAGCAAGUACCGCUACUACAAGAUCGCCACCUAUCUCGCCAUUUUGACAGUUCUAAUCGAGCUGGCGGCGCUGAUCGUCUUCCCGGCGUGCUUCUACGUCAAGAUGAAGGAGUACGGCAGUCGACGCGAUUGGGAGGUCGACUGGUCGUACGGCCUGGCGUGGGGCGCGACGCUGUUCACAUUCGGCGCGUCGUUGAUGCUCAUCUGCGACAAGGAGCACGAGGAGGUGUACUACAAGGAGAAGACCAUCUACAACCCACCCCCGGAGCUGCAG